UUGAUUGAACAAAUUAUUAGACGUUUUGCCACAUUCAUGUGAGUUAAGUUGAUUGACCAAAUUGAUUUAGGUAAUGCUGCGAUUGCUGGAGAGAGCUGUGUAUGGUGCCCUCACCGGAAUCAACCGCCGAUGGCUGAGCACCACCGUCAUGAGCUUCGGGGACGGAAUCCAUGGCGCGCUGGGCCUACCUACCUCCCUCACGGGCGUCGGCGGCGACGCCUACGAGCCCACACCGAUCUCCGGACUCCCACCUGAGGUCUGCAGUGUCAGUGCAGGCCAUUAUCAUUCCCUCGCCGUCACUUCUCAAGGAGAGGUCUGGGCUUGGGGCCGAAACAAUGAAGCUCAGCUCGGCCGUGGUCUUCUCGCUCCAAGAGAAUCGUGGAAUGAACCGAAGAGAGUAGAAGGAUUGAAUCAAGUAAAAGUUCGAGCUGCAUUUGCAUCUGGUGUCAUCUCUACGGCCAUUGGAGAUGAUGGCUCUUUGUGGGUCUGGGGAAAAUCGAAGCGUGGACAGCUUGGUCUUGGAAAUGGAAUUAUUGAAUCAAUAUUUCCUUCCAAAGUUGAAGCUCUUUCUGGGGAAGAGAUAGUUAAGGUCUCACUUGGUUGGGGCCAUGCUCUGGCUCAAACGAAGGAUGGAAAAUUGUUUGGAUGGGGUUAUUCAGCAGAUGGUAGAUUGGGACAGAUUGGAAAAGAGAUCUCUCCGCUUGACUCAAGCGCUGAUAUUUUAGAAACAACAGAACUUUCAAGUUCAAUGCUGGAAGCUGCUGAAAAGUUGGUCCUGGAAGGAAUGGAGAAGGAGAAAGACAUGCCAAUUACCUGGGAGCCUUGUUUAAUCGAGGAACUACAGGGUGUUGAAGUUGUAGAUGUUGCAUGUGGGCUCGAUCAUUCCUUAGUUCUUUGCCGUGAUGGCACCCUAUUAAGUAGUGGGAGCAAUAUCUACGGCCAAUUGGGCAGAGUAAUACAAGACCUGGGAAUGCUACCGGUUGACAUAAGCUUCCAACCUCUGUCUAUAGCAUCAGGCUUGGGCCAUUGUUUAGCAAUAUGCCAGAUUGCAUCACCAGAGGUCACAGGAGAUGCCACAAGCAUCAUUUCAUGGGGAUGGAACCAUAGUUCGCAGCUCGGGAGAGAAGGCCCAGAGAACCUCCCAUCAUUGGUGAUUACGGGGCUCGCAGAGGAAACGCCUAUUUCAGUGUCAGGAGGGCGUGCACAUUCAAUUGCUCUUACAUCUAAGAGAGAGGUGUGGGUUUGGGGCUGUGGUAAAAAUGGCAGGCUAGGGUUAGGCAGCUCAUUUGAUAUACCUGAACCAACGUUGAUUGAAUGUUUGGAAGGUUCUGAGGUUCUGCAAGCCGUGACAGGCUUCGAUCAUAAUCUUGUUCUGAUUGCUGAAUGAUGUAGCUUGAAACAAUCUCUAGAUCUGGUUGCUAAAUGAUGUAACAGAAUUAUCUGUAGCUUUACAAUUUCUAGAAAUAAUAGAAGUCAGUCGGUUACAAUUUAUAGAUCUAAAUGAAACUGGGGUUCUAUUUUGUUUU